UGAACAAGAGCGGCUUCCCCAUGGACGGGCAGACCUGGGAGAGGAUGUGGGGGCACGUGGAGCGGGUGCACCCCGACGGCGGCGCCGUGGCGGCGGCCAUCCGGAGCGCAGCCCGCCUGGCUCGGCCCUCAGUGCCGCCAGUGCCAAACUACAAGCUCUCCAUGUCCAUCCCAGAAUGGCUCCAGUCAAUACAGACCUACAUGAAGAUGCUGCAAUACAAUCACACGGGAACACAGUUCUUCGAGAUUAGAAAAACCAGACCUCUAAGUGGGUUAAUGGAGACAGCAAAAGAAAUGACCAGGGAGUCCUUACCUAUCAAAUGCCUUGAAGCAGUUAUCCUGGGGAUGUAUCCUUUCAUAUGCUUAUACUUAACAAACGGGCAGCCCUCCGUGGAACGAUUCCCCAUCAGCUUUAAAACCCACUUCUCAGGGAACUAUUUUCAUCAUGUGGUGCUUGGGAUUUACUGUAAUGGCCGGUAUGGCUCAUUGGGCAUGAGCAGGAGAUCAGAUCUGAUGGACAAACCUCUGACUUACCGAACACUGAGCGACCUCAUCUUUGAAUUUGAAGACUCCUAUAAAAAGUACUUGCAUUCAGUCAAAAAAGUAAAAAUCGGAUUAUAUGUCCCGCACGAACCGCACAGCUUUCAGCCCAUUGUGUGGAAACAGCUGGUCCUCAACGUAUCCAAAAUGAUGCGCACUGAAGUCAGGAAGGAGCUGGAGAAGUUUGCCAGGGAUAUGAGGAUGAAGAUUCUGAAACCCUCAAGUGCCCAUUCUCCCAUGAAAGAGAGAUCUCGGGGUAAGUCGUUGUCCCCUCGCCGCAGACAAGCCAGCCCCCAGAGACGUGUGGGCAGGAGAGACAAAUCACCUGCAGUUGUGGACAAGAAAGGAGACCUGGCUACACUCAAUGAGGUGGGCUACCAGCUCCGCAUCUAGCAAAGCCAUAUGCUGGACAGAGGGCUUCCCUGGUGCUUCCUGCUGCACUUUACCUGCACUCGGUUGGAAAGGAAAAGGAAUGGGCCUAUUUAUUGUCUUGUGGACACUUACAAAAAAAGUUUUCCCUAGAAAAUAGAAUUGGGGGGAAUUUUUAAUUUUUUUGGUGGCAAUAUUUAUGUUCUUUCAAUUCAUAGAAAAAGCAUCACUGAAGGGAACCUAAAUUGUAUGUAUCAGGAUAUAAGAUUUUUUACUCCUCUAUCAUGUAGCAAGGUGACUCCAGUGAUGUGAGAGUUUCUUCAAAUA